UCCUGCACCAGAAUCUAGAUAGUCAGAAACUGUUCUACGUCAGCCUUCUCUCUUCCCAUAUUCAGGUUGGUGUACAAAUCUCUUCAACCUUUAACACUACAAAUUGCUGAAAAUUUGGAUCUUUUAAACAUUGUUUCCAACCCCUUUUUAGAAUUGAAGUCUACAAUCCAAGAUUUUAGGAGGUUGUGCUUUAUGGCUUUGAAUUAUGGGGAUUUAAAGCUAUUAAGGAAGGGUUUGGAUUAUACUCGGAGAAAUAGGAAUUGGGUUGUUGCUUUAGGAGCUCUUGGUGUUACUGGUUAUGGUGCUUAUAGAGCUUAUUGCUCACCUUCUAUGGUUAGAAAGAGGGAGAGAUUCUUGAAGCUCAUAGGUGCUUUUGUUUCUUUAGCUGAGAUGGUGUCUGAUUCUGCUGACGUAAUUGGGAUUGUUUCGAAAGAUUUGAAGGAAUUCAUUGCUUCCGACUCUGAUGAAAUUCCCAGAAGUUUGAAACAGAUUUCUAAGAUUGCUAAAUCAGAUGAGUUUUCACAAGCUGUUGUUAAGGUCACAAGUGCGAUGACCGUGGGAGUUGUGCGAGGCUACCAUCAAGAAACUGCAAAAAAUGGUGUUCCAGGGGCUGCAAAUUCUGGUCUUUUGGACCAAGUUUUAGAUAAACUGUUUACUGAUGCAGGGUCUGGUUUUGCUUCUGUAAUUGUUGGGAGCUUUGCGAGGAAUUUGGUUCUUGCUUUUUAUUCGGAAAGAAAAGGCAAUGCUAUUGUUCAUUCUGAUAUCGAAUACUCUGUUCCAGGAUGGAUUGAUGUUCUAUGCCAGGACAAGUGCAGAGAACUGAUAGGGAGUUGUGUACAAUUGAUUGUGAGCACGGCAGUUGCUGUUUAUCUUGAUAGAACAAUGAAUGUCAACACCUAUAAUGAAAUCUUUUCGGGGUUGACCAACCCCAAGCAUGAAGCCAAAAUGAGAGAUAUGCUAGUAGCCAUAUGUAGUAGUGCCAUUAGAACUCUUGUGAAAACUUCUCAUCAAGUUUUGACAAAUAGUGAUUUGGACAUGGAUACAAUUUCGAAAAAAUAUUCUUCUUUGCCACUUAGUUUCAAAGCCAAGAAAUUUUUGGAGGAAGAUCAGAACAUGUACACCGGCUGGACAAAUAAAGUAUCUUCUACUUUGGCAGUGGCAAGAAAUAGGAGGCUUAUUCUUGAUUUGACUGGGAAAGUAACCUUUGAAAGUGUUAGAUCUUUCUUGGAGUUUCUGCUAGAAAAGUUGUGUGAGUGUUUGAGAAGAAGCAUAAAUGUUGUCCAGGAGGAAGUUGGGACUUUGAGAAGAAGUGUAGAUGUUAUACAAGAGGAGGUGGUUGAUAGGAGUGUUGAAGCCUGCAGGUAUGUGGGUGGGAAAUCUUCUACUACUGUUAGUAUAUGCCUCUCUCUAUGUUUACACAUACUUAAUGGUCCUUGGAUCUUGGUUCCAAAUUAGAAGUUUCGAUUAGAAUCUUGGGAAGACAACUUUUUAUUUGUUAAACUUCCUAGAGUAUUACAUUCUUUUGCCAAGGGAAUCUUGGAUAGUACAGCUGUAUAUCAUUGGUUUGUCCUUGUUGAUUGAUUGUAUUUCAAUUCAUGUUUGUCGAGUGAAUGUAAUUAUGCCCGUAAUUUCUC